AUGUCUGGUUCUUUGUCGGUUAUAUACAGAAGGAGCUUGUCAAUUGUCGCUGCCUUACCCCUAUCAUCCUAUCCAGCUUCAAAGACAGCAUUCACACCUUUGGAGUUUCACGCCGCUGAUCGAUCAUCUGCGUCACAUUCCUUAACUCCGCAUCGCCCGCAUCUUCAGAGGUUCCAAUCGCCUCGUUUCCCAUUCUCUGCUGCCUUGCCAGCAUCAAGGAGCUUUCGGGCAACCUCAUACUUCCCGAGCAGCCUUCACUUCCGUUCGCACCACUUCCGCACCUCAGAUUGCUUCACCAUGGACGGCAAGGGCGAUCUGGGCGCAAAGCGCAAGCUUAGCACGGCGGCCGUUGCUUCCGAUUAUCCCAACAAGCAACUCAGACCAGACGCAGCAGUUUUGACUCCAAGCGACGCAACCCCCGCAAACGGAACUGUCUAUGAUGUCGAGGAGGAGAUGGAUGAAGCACCCUCGCCAGUUGCCAUGCCCGCUACAACAGACUCGCCUGAAUGGCAGGCUACCAUUGAGAAGGUUGUGAAAAGCGCUGUCUCCAUUCACUUCUGCCAAACCUGUUCGUUUGACACAGAGUUAUCGAUGUCCAGUCAAGCUACUGGUUUUGUGGUGGAUGCAGAGCGUGGGUACAUCUUGACCAACCGUCAUGUCGUCGGCUCCGGUCCUUUCUGGGGAUAUUGUAUCUUCGACAACCAUGAGGAGUGCGACGUCAAGCCUGUAUACCGGGACCCCGUUCACGAUUUCGGUAUUCUGAAGUUCGACCCCGCCAAAAUUCGAUAUAUGGAAGUCACCGAGCUCAAACUUCAGCCAGAUGGAGCGCGAGUUGGCACAGAGAUUCGUGUCGUGGGUAAUGAUGCUGGAGAAAAGCUGAGCAUUCUCUCCGGCGUGAUCAGUCGACUGGACCGAAAUGCACCCGAAUAUGGAGAGGGCUAUUGUGACUUCAACACAAACUAUAUUCAGGCUGCCGCUGCAGCUAGUGGUGGAAGUUCAGGAAGUCCCGUCGUUAACCUCGCUGGUCAUGCGGUUGCUUUGCAGGCUGGAGGUCGAGCUGAUGGAGCUGCGACAGACUACUUUUUGCCGUUGGACCGUCCCCUUCGUGCGCUGGAGUGCAUCCGCCAAGGCAAGCCUGUCACCCGUGGUACAAUUCAGACUCAGUGGGUCUUGAGGCCUUUCGACGAGUGUCGCCGUCUUGGUCUCACGCCGGAGUGGGAGGCUGCUGUGCGUGAGGCUGCGCCUACUGAAACAAACAUGCUUGCCGCAGAGAUUAUUCUUCCAGAAGGUCCUGCAGAUGGUAAGUUGUUGGAAGGUGACGUACUUAUCAAGGUGAACGGAAAGCUUCUUACACAGUUUGUCAACCUCGACGAUAUCCUCGAUUCGAGCGUCGGCGAGACUAUCAAGUUGCUGGUUCAGAGAGGUGGCCAAGACGUUGAAGUUGAAUGUCAGGUAGGAAACCUUCACGAUAUCACCCCUGACCGUUUCGUCACCGUGGCUGGCGCCACUUUCCAUGACUUGUCAUACCAGCAGUCACGUCUAUAUGCCAUUGCCACUCGCGGAGUCUACGUCUGUGAAUCGGCAGGCUCCUUCAAGCUGGAGAACACUGUGGCGGGUUGGAUUAUCGAUUCAAUCGACAAGAAGCCGGUUCGCAACCUCAAGGAGUUCGUAGAAGUCAUGAAGUUGAUCCCUGAUCGCGCUCGCGUGGUGAUCUCCUAUCGCCAUAUCCGCGAUCUUCACACUAAAGGAACCAGCAUCGUCCACGUCGACCGUCACUGGCAUCCCAAGAUGCGCUUGGCGGUCCGUAACGAUGAGACUGGUGUCUGGGAUUUCUCCGACAUCGCUGACCCCAUUCCCGCUAUACCUCCGGUCCCAAGGGAGGCCAACUUUAUUCAGUUAGAUGGCAUCAACCAGCCUGCCGCGGCCGAGAUUGUCCGCAGCUUUGUGCGAGUGGGUUGCGUCAUGCCAUUGAAGCUGGAUGGAUAUCCGCAGUCAAAAAAGACAGGAUUUGGACUGGUCAUUGAUGCUGAGAAGGGUCUAGUGGUAGUAUCACGAGCCAUUGUGCCGUAUGAUCUUUGCGACAUCAGCAUCACUGUGGCCGACUCGAUCCUCGUCAGUGCUAAGGUGGUGUUCCUGCACCCGCUUCAGAACUACUGCAUCAUUCAAUACGACCCAGCCCUUGUCAAGGCCCCGGUCAAGAGCGCCAAGCUCAGCACCGACUAUGUUAAGCAAGGCCAGGACACGAUAUUCGUCGGUUUCAAUCAAAACCAUCGCAUCGUCGUCGCCAAAACCACUGUCACUGACAUCACAACUGUGUCGAUCCCCGCCAACUCAGCUGCCCCUCGUUACCGCGCGAUCAACCUGGAUGCUGUCACUGUUGAUACUGGGCUCAGCGCUCAGUGCUCGAACGGUGUGCUCAUCGGCGAGGAUGGCGUGGUUCAGGCCUUGUGGUUGAACUACCUCGGCGAGCGCUCUGCCAGCUCUCACAAGGAUAUCGAAUACCACCUUGGUCUCUCCACCCCGUACCUACUUCCCGUCAUCUCCAAGAUCCAGCAGGGAGAGGUACCCUCCUUACGAAUCCUGAACAUGGAGAGCUACGUUGUGCAGAUGAGUCAGGCUCGCAUCAUGGGCGUCUCGCAGGAGUGGAUUAACAAAGUCACGGAGGCCAACUCGGCGCGACACCAGCUAUUCAUGGUGCGCAAGGUUGACAGCCCUCCGGCAGGCGUCACUCCUGACCCCAGCACCAGCUUCCAAGAAGCUGAUAUCAUCCUCACACUGGAUGGCCAGCUCAUCACUCGCGUUUCCGAGCUGGAUGUCAUGUAUGAAAAGCAACACUUGGAUGCGCUGGUCGUGCGAAACGGCGAGGAAGUCCGCAUCCGCGUCCCUACGGUGCCGACUCGGGAUAUCGAGACGGACCGUGCCCUUGCCUUCUGUGGUGCUGUCCUGCAGAAGCCACACCAUGCCGUUCGACAGCAGAUCUCCAAGGUCCACAGUGAGAUCUACGUCAGCGCGAGAAGCCGUGGUUCCCCCGCUUACCAUUACGGUCUUGCACCCACCAACUUCCUCACUGCUGUCAACAGCGUCUCGACUCCAGACCUGGACAGCUUCAUCCGCGAAGUCCGCAAAAUCCCGGAUAACGAAUACUUCCGAAUUCGCGCCGUCACCUUCGAUAACGUCCCCUGGGUUGUUACCAUGAAGAAGAACGACCACUACUUCCCUAUGUCCGAAUAUGUCAAAGACCCCACAACCUCAUCCGGCUGGCGCACCAUCUCCUACGAGACUCAGGUCGGUGUGGCGCCCGAUGCCGUCAACCUCAACCCCGAUGCCAUGGAUGAGGGUGCGGAGCAUGGAGGCAGUGACAUCGAGCCGGAAUGUGACUAA